AGAGAAAAAGUUAUAUAUUGAUCUCACUUUCUCUCUUUUGUUUCUUUUUCUCUCUUCUUUAUAUAUACUUCUUUUAUUAGCCAAACCCUAUACAACGGCUUUCUAAUUUUAAAAAAACAACCCCCAAUACCCUCAUUUUAUAACUCAUUCCACUCACUAUAACAAUAAUAAAUAUCAUCAUGGUCGCUAUUCAGAGUUUAAUCUUUACAUCCAUCGCUCUUCUUUCAACUGUCAGCGCAUACGGUCAAAUUGCGCAAGUUGUAGAUGCCAACAACUUUUGUGUGUUCUUACCUCCCUCUGAUUCUAUCGAUCGAGGUAUUGCCGACACUGAAUGGAACGCCCAAGCCUUUUGUAUCGGCAAAACGCCUAAAGCCACAAAUGCUGGUAAACUCAAUUCAGGAUUCAUUCAAUCUGCUCACUAUCUCGCUACGGACAAGUACGUGCAAGUCACUGGUAAAAUCAAUCCUGCCAAGGCAAGAUUAAACGCCACGGAUGAGGGAGGUCAAUAUGAUAUCAAGGCCCCUAAAGGUUCUUCUUGUGCUGGUUGGAAGUUUUAUGUCAAUUUAGUUGAACCUGCUGGAAACACCUACUGCAUGCGUUGUUGUAACGAUGAUAGAAGCUGUAACAGAGGUAUCUCUGAAAAGGGUUGUGCUCAUAUUAUUCCUGGUGAUUACAGCGGUCCUGAUAUCAAGCCCGAAAAGACAACCACUACCAAAAAGAUCGCCACCACCACUACUACCAAAAAGAUCACUACCACCACUACGAUCAAAAAGACCACCACCGUUACCAAACAAGCAUCUGCCAUCACCACUGCUAAAGCAAUUCCUAUCGGCACUGAUAAGGAUGCCGCUCCUACUGGCACUGACACCAUUCAACAAGCUGAAGAAACCAUUACCCCUCCUACCACCACUACUCGUACAAGAAUUAUCCCUACUAUUGACGAAGACGCAGACAGCGCUACCCCUACCGACAAUGCUGAAAUGCAAACUGGUACCAAUGUUAGUCCUCCCGUUACCACUACCACUGCUGAAUCUCCUUUAGGUACUGGCGUUGCUCCUGUUGCUCCUGCUGCUGGUGCUGUUCCUGCUGCUGGUGCUGCUCCUGCUCCCGCCGCCGUUGCCGCUGCCGCUGAUGGUAACGCUGCUGCUGGCUCCACACCUAUUACAAAUGCUGCUACUGCUGAUAGCUCUAACAGUGGCAACAAGGUUGAUAUGUUGAGUCAAAAUCAACUUGCUUCUGCUCAAUCUGUCGACAGCGGAGCCAUUCAAUUCCAACCUAGCAUGAUUGCCUUUGCUUUUGUUGCUAUUGCCAUGAUGCUCCAAUAAAUUGUUUUUUUUCUGUGUACUUUCAUAAUAAAUCUUAAUAAUAUUUUAAUGCCUCCCCUA